AUGCACAAUCUCAUGAAGCUGCAGAAUGGUGUGAAGAUGGACAUCUUUGAAGAAGAGCCUGCAGAUGUUUAUGCAGAUUGCGAAAUACUGGACUGUGAUAUGCCAGCUGCUCACAAACUCUCAGGCACUGCUGGGCACUCGCAUGACAUGCACCCAUGCCUUUACUGUGACACUGACAUCACAAAGGUUAAUACGCGUGAAGGAUUUGACUAUAGUUGGACAGCAUCAGACAACUAUCAUCUCCUUCGACAGUCUUAUUACUCCCGAGAUGCGAACCCUCUUCGUCAGAAAGCCAUUCUAGAUGACCAUGGUGUUUGCUGGGUUAUACUUAACCUUAUUGCCGGCUGGUUCCCAUCAAAGAAAACAGCUCUCGAUUUUAUGCACUGCAUAUUCCUAGGUAUCAUUGCGCAUCUAUUCAUGCGGGUACUAUUUGAAGGAUAUAUGUUUUCUGGUGUCGGGGGCAGAAAUUCACCUAAGCAAUGCUUCGAGGCCUUAAUUAACUUGGUAAAGUGGCCCACUCAUAUCACUCAUCUACCAAAAAAUCUUGGCGAAAAUCAGAGUCUGAAGAAGGCAGAUGAGUGGCGGAGACUCCUUACGAUCACUCCUGUCCUUCUGUGGUGGUCAUGGAAGGAUGAACACAACAGCAUCCCUGAUACAGCUCCUCCAGUUCCCCCCAAUGUCCAGGUACCUCAAUUUUCACGCAGGUGUCGACACAUAUAUGACGCCGUCCUUCUGUUAUGUGUUGGUGUACACCUCCUUGCAACACAAUCAAUCUCGAUGUCACAGGCUCAACUUGGACAAUCAUUCCUAUCUCAGUAUUGCCUCCGUUGCCUCAACUUGAAGAUUCAUCUCAUGAUCAACCACCAUGCAUCAAUGCAUAUUGCGGAUAUGAUCAAACUUUUUGGUCCUGUCUACUCCUGGUGGCUAUUUGCAUUUGAGCGGUUCAAUGGCAUGCUCGAACGUGUCAACCACAACGGUCAUGAUGACUAUGAAUAUGCUCUUUCGCUUCCAGAAGAUGCUCAUGACAUGGAACGAGCAGUGCUCAAUGAGAUCAUCAAUACCCAGGCACAGCAGCGUGGAAGCAUGAUGAUGGAAAUUGCUAUCUAUAGAAGCGAAGCAGCUCAUGAUAAUGUCCGCUUGCCACUUCGUCAAGCAAAAUUCAUCAACCUAUGCACUUUUGGACCAGAAGGAGUUCUUUAUCCCUGCCUUAUCGCCUAUUGUCGACUAAUUUGGCCUGAUCUCACCAUUGUCAAUGAUUUUUCCCCUGACGCAGGCAUUCCGUUCUUUGCCUCAAAAGUGGCUCGUGCUCUGACUUAUAUCUGCAAAGAUGGAAUUUGCUAUGGUUGCACUACAAAUAGGCGAACUCAAUCAGACGCCUAUGCUUUUAUUUCAUAUGAUCAGUCUUGGUUCCCAGUUGAAAUCACAGCACUUCUUGUUGUCGGAGUCAGCAACAAGGUCCCCCAUGUAUGCGCUCUUGUCCGUCGCUUCAAAUCUGACGAGAACAUUCCACUAAUGCCUUGGUCAUUAUUUGAGCAUACCCUCGGGAUUCAUACUUCAUAUGCGAACGAGUUUCUUCCACAUGAAGUCAUUCCUGUCUCACGCAUCGUGUGCCCUCUUGCCCUCAUUCCUGUCCAUUCGAACAUCAUCAAGAAAAAUCUCUGGGUUUCGGUGUCUUUUGAUCAUGUACAGCUCUCGACAAACAGAAUGGAACCUGAAGAAUACUUUGAUGAUGAUGAUGGAGACAAUGUGGGUGGUGGGCUUUGA